AUGAACGAGUGGGAGCGCCAUCAGAAGCGUCUGGAUGAGUACUUCCGCUACUAUGGGGGCGCUCGCAAGGAGGUGCCCGCAGAGGGGCUUCCCGCGCCCGCGAGCACGGACCUCGACCUCAUCCGCGACACGUUCCGGUUCAUCCGCGAGGACGGCGACGACGACGGCACGCAGGCGUCGCGCAUGGCGCGGAGGUACUACGACCGGCUGCACAAGGAGUACUGUCUGGCAGACCUGAGUCGGUACCGGACCGGUCAGGUGGGGAUGCGGUGGCGCGUCGACGCCGAGGUGAUGCGCGGCAAGGGGCAGAUCGAGUGCGGCGCCGUCGGGUGCUCGGAGCGCGCGGGGCUCGCGACGUUCGAGGUGAACUUUGCGUAUGUCGAGGCGGGGGAAGGGAAGCAGGCGCUGGUGAAGCUGGUGGUGUGUCCGGAGUGCGCGUACAAGCUGCACUACAAGAAGAUCAAGGGCCUGAAGGAGGGGCUGCGGGAGCGGGCCGGCAGUCGAGAGGCACGGAGUGAAAAGAAGUCGAGAUCCAAAGACAAGAAGUCCAAGCGGGAGAAAGGGAGGAAGAGGUCGCGGAGCCGGAGCAGGGAGCGGAGCGCGCGGCGGAGACGGCGGUCGCCGAGCUCGUCGUCCAGCGGGAGCGGGCGCAGCCGGUAG